UUAUGUCAUAUAGAGAACUUCGUAACUUCUGUGAAUAAAUGAGAGCUUUGGGUUAUCAUAGGAUAAUUUCAAUGGAAAACUUUAGAAGACCUAAUUUUGAGCUUGUAGCUGAUAUUCUUUUUUGGCUAGCUUAAAAGUAUGAUCCAAUAUCAGAUAUUUCUGAUAAUAUUGAUGAGGAAGUAAAUAUGAUAUUAAAAAGUCAGAGACAUAGAGUAGAAUUUAUUAAGCAAAUAACAACUCUAUUUGUUAGUAAGGCAAGGAUUAAGAUAAACCCAAAGAGAUUGUAUAUGGCAGAUGUUUAUGCAGUUUAAGAAAUUUUGAAAAUUUCAACAUUCUUAUAUAAAGCUUAAGUGUCUCCACCUGCUGAUGAAGAAGAGAUUCAUGAUUUUGUAAAUAUAUCUAUGAGUAUUGAAAGUCCCUCCCAUCUAAAUUAAGUAAUAUAAAGAGUCAUAAGUUAUUGGCUCAAGAAAUUACUGAUCUUGCCACAAGAUUAUAUGAUUAAUUAGGAAAAGAAGAUGAAGUGAAAGCAGCAAGAGUAAGAAUAUUUUGAUAAUCUAUAGGAAAAAGCAUUACAAUUUUUAUCAAAUGUUUCCAGAGGUGGAAAUUCAUAAUCUGAAUAAUCUUACAUAUAAAAAUGCAUAUAAACAAUAUUGAAAUAAUAAGAGUAAAAUAUUUCAGAGAUGUCUAAAUAUGUGGGUAAUUUAGAGAGGGAACAAAAAUAAUUAGAGGAAAAAAUAAAGAGAAAAACAAAAGAAUUAGAAUAAGCAGAGAAAAGAUUAAAGGGUAUGACAAGUGUUAAGCCAGCUUAUUAAGAAGAAUAUGAUAGAUAAGAAUAUGAAUUAGAAAAAUUAUAUUAAGUAAUAGGAUUUUUAAUUAUUUAGAUUUAUGUAGAGAAAUUUAGAAAUCUUGUGUAUUUAGAACAUGUUUUAGAUGUACAAAAUAAGUAGGCUGAAAUGGAAUAAAAGAAGAAGAAUUAAAAUCUCAAAAGAGUAGAAGAAGUAAUUAAAGAUGCAGAAAUGAAUGAAAUAAGAGGAGAUGAUGAUGGAAAUGAUGAUUAGUUAGAUUAAUUGGGAGGAGAUUCUCGAUUAUAAUCAAGUAAUAAGGAGAAACGUAAUAAUGAUUUUAUGAGAAAUUAAUAAGGUGGGUUCAAUAGAUAAUAAAUGGAUGAUGAUGUUGGAGAAGGAGAUGAUAUUGAUGAUUUAGAUGAAGGACUAGAUGAAGAUGAAGAAGAAGAGGAAGAAGAUGAUGGAAUUGAAAAUUUAGAUGAUGAUAAUGAAGCCUUUUGAA